CUAGCCCAUUUUACAUCGUCACGAACGCAUCACUAUCGCUAAUUCGUUGUCCCAUUUUUAAUUCAGAAAAGACGUCAAUUACCGAGCCAGCAAUCAGAAAAGCCUCAAGCUGGCGGAGAAAAAGGUUCAGAUGGCGCUAUGCCAGACAUCGGUGCUAAAGGUGUACCAUGCCGUAAUCGAGGACGUCAUCACAAAUGUGCGGGAUGCUUUCCUAGACGAGGGCGUCGACGAGCAGGUGUUGCAGGAGAUGAAGCAGAUCUGGCGCAACAAGCUGCUGGCCAGUAAGGCCGUCGAACUAAGCCCGGAUCCCAGCGAUGGAUCCCACCCACCGCCCAUCGUGGCCAAUAAUCCAAAGAGCACCAAGGCAGCAAAUGCCAAGGCCAAGAAGGCCGCCGCCGCCUCUGCGGCCACAUCACAGCCACAGAUCGGUAGCAGCUCCUCGCUUGCGGCGUUAAAGUCGCCCGCUGUGAUGGCCACUGGCAGCGGGAUCAAGAACGGACUGGUGCCCAUUAAGCAGGAAGUUAACUCACAGAAUCCACCGCCACUGCACCCUACGUCGGGGGCAGCGGUGCUGCAGAGACAACAGCAGGCGGCGAGCGGUGGACAGGCUCCCAUUCCAAUUGUGGCUACACUGGAACCCAACCGCAUUAUGCCUGUUAACAUCACGCUGCCAUCGCCAGCCGGCUCUGCCAGUUCGGAAUCUCGAGUGCUUACCAUUCAAGUGCCUGCGUCGGCGCUGCAGGAGAAUCAGCUGACCCAAAUACUGACGGCCCACCUGAUUUCGUCCAUCAUGUCCUUGCCCACCACAUUGGCCUCGUCAGUGCUGCAGCAGCACGUAAAUGCGGCCCUGAGCAGCGCCAAUCACCAGAAAAAUCUAGCCGCUGCCAAGCAAUUGGACGGAGCCCUGGACUCCUCUGAUGAAGAUGAAUCCGAGGAGAGCGACGACAACAUCGACAAUGACGAUGACGAUGAUCUGGACAAAGACGAUGAUGAGGAUGUGGAACACGAAGAUGCUGCCGAAGAGGAGCCGCUCAACAGUGAAGACGAUGUCACCGACGAAGAUUCCGCCGAAAUGUUCGAUACAGACAACGUGAUCGUUUGUCAGUAUGACAAGAUUACCAGGUCACGCAACAAAUGGAAAUUCUAUCUCAAAGAUGGCAUAAUGAACAUGCGUGGCAAGGACUACGUGUUCCAAAAAUCGAAUGGAGACGCCGAGUGGUAAUGUCAGCUAAAAAAGCGCGGCGACAGUGUGAAUAUAAAAACAAAAGACAUCAAACAAUGAGCCUCAUCGAAUGCGUCUUUAGCCCUGGACGUAAGCUUACCAGACAGGAAAACAUGACCAAGCGACAGCCUGUACAGAAGGCAAAGUACUCGAGCCGACACUGUAUCUUAUUUUAGUUCCAUCUGUUUUGUAUACGCUAGCUAAAAAGCGAGUUGUGUUGCAAUUAACCAUCUCAAUUAAAUGUAUUAAAGUGCCGCAUAACUUUUGUGUCAAUAAACUGAAACACUUGUGAAA